GGUUGGCAAAAUCUGAGGGUUGUCCAAGAUGCAUUGUUUGACUCUCAUGGAAAUCAGCAUGAAGAAUGUCUCCCCGGAACCCGAACCAAUUUACUCAACGAAGUCGAAACUUGGGUUGAAUCGAUAGAUGGGAAGUGUAUCUUCUGGUUGAAUGGUAUAGCUGGAACAGGAAAAUCAACUAUCGCUCAAACACUUGCAAGAAAGCUUGAUAAGAAAGGAGAACUUGGUGCCUCAUUCUUCUUUAAGAAAGGUGAAGCAGACCGUGCGACCGCAAGAUAUCUGAUUUCAACAAUUAUUGGACAACUAGUGAAGCACUAUCCAAAGCUAGCACCAGGUGUUCUCAAAGCGGUCAAGGAAAAGCCAGAUAUUUCCUUCAAAUCACUUCAGCAGCAAUUUAAUGACUUGCUCCUUAGCCCACUACUUACUUUACAUUCAACAAAACCUACAAAUGUUGUUGUUGUGAUCGAUGCGUUAGACGAAUGCGACCAAGAGGAUGAUAUCAAAUUGAUCAUCCGGCUUCUACCAGCACUUCAGCAGUCUCAGGCAGUACGUCCUCGGAUAUUUCUGACUAGUCGAUCCGAGCUCCUUAUUCGCCUAGGCUUCAAGGAAAACGAGCAUCACCAAGACUUGAUCCUCUAUAAGCUGCCAGAGCCCGUAACUGAACACGAUAUUCGGUUAUUCCUAAAAUAUGAAUUUACACAAAUCUGGAGGCAUCCAUCCUCCCUGCAAUGCUCACUUUCACCGGUUUCGCCCGGAGAUGACAACUUUGAGAAACUGGUAACUAUGGCAGUUCCCUUGUUCAUCAUUGCCGCCACAAUUUGUUGUUUUCUUGAAGAUGGAUACAAGCUUCCGGACGAGCGUCUCAGAUCCGUUCUUGAAGACAGAGCCAUGAUAUCAAGAUCUGAUAUGCAGAUGAUAUGUCAAAAGAUCUUAGAUCGACAUCAUGCUUCCAGGAGUCAGAAUGAACUUAUAGAAAUCUUGCAAGAUUCUUAUAGUAUUAUUGGAAUCAUUAUUCUUCUCGCUACUCCUCUUUCAGUCAGAGCUGCUGCUCGGCUAAAAGGGAUACCCGAUACGAAAAUCAUCAGUCAACUGCAAAGAUUUCACUCUACUCUUGAUAUAUCGGCAAAUCUCGAAGCACCGGUUCAAAUUCUGCGUUUAUCAUUCGAGGAUCAUCUCUUGAAAACAACAGAAAAGAGACUUUUCAUCGAUAACCAAGAGAUACAUGGGGAAAUAGCAUCAUACUGUCUCCGGCUUAUGAAAGCUAAGCUCAAAGAGAAUAUCUGUGAGCUGGAGAGUUACGGAAUUCAGUAUAAGAAUAUCAGACUUCAGAUUAUCAAGAAAUAUCUUACUUUGGAUAUACAAUACGCUUGUUUUUUCUGGCUUCGACACCUUGUACAGAGCAAAGAUAAGAUCUCUGACUCUGAUAUUCUCUCUUUUCUCCAGGAGCACCUUCUUCACUGGUUGGAGGUACUAGCUCUUAUAGGAGAAAUAUCAGAAGCAUUAGGAUUAAUAAAUAUCUUGAACUCAAAGGUGCAUUCAAGUUCUGAGCUUGCAGGUUUUCUUUACGACGCAGAAAGGUUUAUUCGUCAAAAUAGCUACAUUGCAGGAAUUGCUCCACUACAACUCUACCGUGCUGGACUUGUCUUCGCACCUACCAAAAGUGUUAUAAAGAAGAUCUUCUACGACAAAAUCAUGCAUCAAUUAAUAGAUUUAACGGCAGUGGAAGACUCAUGGAACUCUAACCUACAGACACUUGAGGGUCAUUCUAAAGUGGUCGGCUCCGUGGCCUUCUCACCGAACGGCUGCAUAUUAGCAACAGGCUCAAGUGAUCAUACUAUCAAACUCUGGGAUACAGCUACAGGUAUUGAGAAGCGGAUGUUAUCUGGCCACUCUAACUGGGUCUUUUCUGUGGCAUUUUCACCAGAUAGCUACAUACUCGCAACAGGCUCACGUGAUCAUACUAUUAAGCUCUGGAAUACAACUACAGAUACUGAACAGUAUACACUAGCCGGACACUCUGGUCCAGUCUACUCUAUAGCUUUCUUACCAGAUAGCUGUAUACUGGCAACAGGCUCAAGUGACUGUACUAUUAAACUCUGGGAUACAGCUAAACGUGUUGAAUUAUACACGCUUACUGGCCACUCUGGUCCAGUAUACUCUGUGGCUUGCUCACCAGAUGGCUGUUUACUAGCAACAGGCUCAAGUGACUGUACUAUCAAACUCUGGGACACAUCCAAGCGAGUUGAACAGCACACGCAGACCGACCAUUCUAGAUUGCUCUCUUCAAUCCUCAACAAACCUAGGUUCAAUUCUCAUUUAUCUAUCGAAGAUUCUUGGAUAUCUUUACGAGGUGAAAGAGUCCUGUGGCUAACUGCCGAAUAUCGCUCGUUUACAAGUUAUGCUGUGAAGGAUAAUACAGUUGCCCUUGGAUUUCGGAACGGGCGUUGUCAUGUACUACAUUUCAACUUUUUAUGA